UUUAGUGUGGUUUAUAAAGGAAAUCAAAAUGUCCAAUUAUGGUAAGGUGGAGGUGGCUAUUGAGAUCAAGGCUGGUGCUGACGAGUUUUAUGAUAUGGUUGUACACAGACCACACCAUGUACCCAACAACAAACUUGAUGGUGUUGCAACUAAUCAAGCUGACAAGUCCUCAUCCGCAAAAGUCGGUUCUAUCUCAUCCUGGAAGUAUUUCCAAGAUGGGAAAGCUAAAGUAUCCCAGGAGAUGAUUGAAGCCCUGGACAGCAAGAAACAUUCAGCAACUUGGAAAGUCGUUGAAGGAGAACUUCUUGAUGAUUACAAGAGCUUCAAGUUCAUCCUGCAAAUUAUUACCACUCCAAACCCGAAAGCAACGGUGCAUGUGAUUUUGGAGUAUGAGAAGAUGCAUGACGAUGUUGCAGACCCAUAUUUUAUGCUCCAGGCCGUAACUGAUAACAUCAAAGGCGUCGAUGCUCAACUAUUCACUCAGAGCAGGACCUGAGGUGAGCUGGAAGAGGUCGCCGCCUCGAGACCCAGCAUUUUUCCAGCAAGAAAUGGGCUCAACUUUCUAUCCAAUUAUUGUAUAAAUAACUAAUUAAAUAAAAAAAUCUGACAAUGCAUGCUAAUAAAAAUUGAAAGUUCGA